AUGAAAAACUUGAAUAUUAUGCUCAUGGUGCUGGAAGGUGCAGUCACCUGGGAGCAAGUCAGAGCCGAGCACUGGAGCCAGACCAUGCAGGGCCAUGGCCAGUCUGCGCCGUCCUCUACAUACAGGGGGGAUACCACUGCAGCACACACAUGGGGGCUUAAGUCACCAGACCUGGAGGGGACCUUGGUCAUGAGCGACAAGGAAGGCUUCCAAGGCCAGGAAGACACACGUCCAUGUCCUGAAAGGACCAGGAGAACUAUAAGGCCCCCUCCGCGCACCCUAUCCCCGAGGUCCCCCCCGCACACCCCAUCUGCAAGGCGUCACCCGCGCACCCCAUCCCCGAGGUGCCCCCCUCACCCCAUCCCCGAGGCCCCCGUCUCCCUGCGCACGGGGCCGCGAGCCCCAGGUCCCCUCCUGCGUCUGGGCGCCGACCCCCUCCCCUCGCGCACCAGGGCGUGGCACUGGGAUAACGUCGCGUUCACUGAGCACCUACUGCGCACCAGCCAAGUGAGAACGGGGAGCCUAGAAUCCCUGCCCUCUGACGAGUGGGGGAAUGAAAGUGUGAGGCCCAGCAGGAAACGGGCUGCAGAGCAGGAAGCCACAUAUCCUCUCAGGCCAGGUUCUUCCUUCUUCCUGGAGCUGGAAGGUCACUGGGUGCUGUUCCCCACAGGCCAGGAAGGUAGAGGCCAGCCCCUGGCUGCUGGGCCAGAGGAGGAACCGCUGCAGGGCCCAGCCCCCCACACUCGGGAUGCCCCAAGCAAGGACCUGCCCCCCGUCCACGCUGCUGGGGAGAAGCCGCCGGCAGAGGCCCCUGGAGAACCAGCUGGGGCAGAUCCUGGGAGGGGGAGCCAGCCGUCUGGCUCUGGGGCUCUCCACAAACACACGGUUACGGCCCCCCCCGGCCCCCAGCCUCCUGGGGAAGGCUGUUCCUUCCCAGGGAGGGAGGCAAAGCCCGGGAAGAGAUCCUACUCCCCAGCCUCCAGUAGGCAGAGGCCGCCCAGUGCCGGGGGUUUGGCCUCUUCAUCCUCUGCCGAUGUCAUUAACUCAGCCCAAGCCACACACAACCCAGUGCCUUGUGGGUCAGGCCGGGGGCCCUGCCAUCUGGCCAACCUCCUCAGCACGUUGGCUCAGAACAGCCAAAACACAGAUCAGAAGAGGACCCCAGAAGUGACGUGCCAAGUCCGGAAAAAGACUCGGACCCUAUACCGCUCAGACCAGCUGGAGGAGCUAGAAAGGAUCUUCCAAGAAGACCACUACCCAGACAGCGAUAAGCGCCGGGAGAUUGCCCAGACGGUGGGGGUCACCCCCCAACGCAUCAUGGUAAAGGGGGUUGGCCCCACAGAUCUCAGGGUGGAGGAGAAACCAGCAACUGGAGCUCUUGAGGAGCACAGCAAGUGCUCAGCGGUCUCUCUCUCCCACCUACAGGUGUGGUUCCAGAACCGCCGGGCAAAGUGGCGAAAAGUGGAGAGGCUGAACGGGAAGGAGAACAAGGAUAGUCUCGCGGGCCCUGUCCCCACCACUGCCAGCAGCUCUGCAACUGAGCUGCCACCUUCUGUGACCCUGGACCCAGAGCCUGGUACCUUUCCUCAGGAGCCCCCUCUGGAUACUCUCAUGGAGCCCCCCAUACUGCUGACCUCUGACCAGACUCAGGCCCCACCCCAACAGCCUGAGAAUACUCAAAGGGUGGCAGUGACCCCGCCACUCUUCAGCCCCCCACCUCUUCGAAGAGUCAACCUUCCUUUUCCCCUGGGCCCUGUCCCUACCCCUCAAAUGAUGCCUCUGCUGCUGGAUACUCCUGGCAGUGACAACAGCCACAAAGAAGGCCCCUGUGGGUCCUGGGGGACAAGCGUCACCCCACCACCUGCCUGUUCAUACUUGGAAGAGCUGGAACCCCAGGACUACCAAGCGGGCACCCAGCCGGGGCCGUUCCCCUUCUCCCAGGCGCCCCAGGGCCAGCUCUACCAACAGCCUCAAGCCCAGUUCCCGUUCCUGCACCCCUUCCCGCUGCCCACCCCCCACCCCCUGCUGCCCCCACUGCCCGAGGACCCGCUCUUCACCUCGCCCUUCGGCCCGGGCGCGGGCCUAUCUCAGGGCUACUUCCCGGGGCCCCCGUCGGGGCAGAUGGUGCUGCAGCCACCUGCUGGGAACGUGGGUGCAGUCCCCUGGAAUGACCCUUGCUUGCCAGAACUGCCUUUCCCCAGUCCCUUCUGUCCGCAGGCCCUGGGCGCCCCCCCUGGAGGUGAGGGCUACUUGCCCGAUCUGUUCCCAGGCCCCUGUGCCCUGGCGGCGAGCAGCAGGCAGCCCUCUGCAGGCGUCCCCCAGCUGGCCGGAGGGGCCCGACCGGGGCCAGGGCCCUUCCUGGGCAAAGCCCAAGAGGAGCAGCCUGCCACCUCUGCAGGGGAGCCCUUGGCACCCCAGGAAGUCCGAGAGGAAGACCAGGACAGCCGUGGCCACUAG